UCUGGUACAUGCAAUCCAAGACAGCCUGCAAACACGCCCAGGACUUCCCAAGCACCACGCUCUGCUCCUGUUUCCCUGAGCCUGAAAAAGUGCAGCCACCUCCAGAGGAAUUUCCACUCUUUGGGACAGCGAUGAUGCCUCAGUGAUCUCCCUGCUCCAAAACCAGGCCUCGCUUGACUUUCCUUCCAGGGAAGAUUGUUCCCCUUGUGACCCUGCUGAGGAAAGAGACUCCAAUGGACUUACACCGGGCAGCCUUCAAGAUGGAAAACUCAUCCUAUCUUCCCAAUCCGCUGGCAUCUCCGGCCCUGAUGGUUCUCGCCUCCACUGCUGAAGCCAGCCGGGACGCUUCCAUCCCCUGUCAGCAGCCAAGACCCUUUGGAGUCCCGGUAUCAGUGGAUAAGGACGUGCAUAUCCCCUUUACCAAUGGCUCGUAUACUUUUGCCUCCAUGUAUCACCGGCAAGGUGGGGUGCCAGGGGCAUUCGCGAACCGUGACUUUCCCCCAUCCUUGCUGCACCUCCACCCCCAGUUUGCACCCCCUAACUUGGACUGCACACCAAUAAGUAUGUUGAACCACAGCGGCGUUGGGGCUUUCCGCCCCUUUGCCUCCACUGAAGACAGGGAGAGCUACCAGUCGGCCUUUACGCCGGCCAAACGCCUGAAAAACUGCCAUGACACGGACUCGCCCCACCUGCGCUUCUCGGACGCUGAUGGCAAGGAGUAUGAGUUUGGAACCCAGCUCCCUUCCAGCUCCCCUGGCUCACUCAAACUCGAUGACACAGGGAAAAAGAUCUUUGCAGUCUCUGGCCUCAUUUCUGACCGGGAGACCUCGUCCAGUCCUGAAGACCGAAACGACAGAUAUAGAAGCGACAGCCAAAGAGGGCCACAAGCAUCUGCGACCACCACCCACCGUAUGGUUUUAACUCUGCCCCUCUGCAAGAAGAAAGCAACCUUGUAUGACAGCCAGGCCCCGAUCUGCCCCAUCUGCCAGGUCCUUCUGCGCCCCGGCGAGCUGCAGGAGCACAUGGAGCAGGAGCUGGAGAAACUCACUCAGCUGAAUGUCAGUAAGAACUCCAUACUGAAGGAUUCCAUGGCACCUGGCACCCCCAAGUCAAUUUUGUUGUCAGCCUCAAUCAAGCGGGAAGGAGACUCUCGGACAGCAUCGCCUCACUCCUCAGAUGAUAUCCAUCACUCAGACAGAUACCAGACCUUCCUGAGAGUGAGAGCGAACAGGCAGACCAGGCUGAAUGCUCGGAUUGGGAAAAUGAAACGGAGGAAGCAAGACGAAGGGCAGAGAGAAGGCUCAUGCAUGACCGAGGAUGACUCCGUGGACAUUGAGAACGAGAAUGGCAAUCGUUUCGAGGAAUACGAGUGGUGUGGGCAGAAGAGGAUACGUGCCACCACCCUCCUGGAGGGGGGAUUCCGAGGCUCCGGAUUCAUUAUGUGCAGUGGCAAGGAGAAUCCGGAUAGCGACGCUGAUCUCGACGUGGAUGGAGAUGACACACUGGAAUACGGGAAACCACAGUACACAGAGGCAGAUAUCAUCCCUUGCACUGGGGAAGAGCCGGGCGAAGCCAAAGAGCGGGAGGCACUCCGCGGUGCUGUCUUAAAUGGUGGCACGCCCAGUACCCGAAUAACGCCAGAGUUUUCCAAAUGGGCCAGUGAUGAAAUGCCCUCGACGAGUAACGGGGAGAGCAGUAAACAGGAGGCUCUGCAAAAGACCUGUAAGAACAGCGACAUCGAAAAAAUUACAGAAGACUCUGCAGUGACGACAUUUGAAGCGUUAAAGGCUCGUGUCCGGGAGUUAGAAAGGCAGCUUUCCCGUGGAGACCGCUAUAAAUGUCUCAUUUGCAUGGACUCUUACACAAUGCCCCUGACUUCCAUUCAGUGCUGGCAUGUGCACUGUGAAGAAUGCUGGCUGCGGACUCUGGGUGCUAAGAAGCUCUGCCCUCAGUGUAACACCAUCACAUCUCCCGGAGACCUCCGGCGCAUCUACUUAUGAAGGACACAGCCGCAGGGUGGGACACAGCCAACCGGAUCAGCUCAUCACACCAAGGGGGGAAGAACGACGACAGAAAAAGACGUUUCAAACAAAUAGACUCCAGACGUGGACUCGAGGAUAAAGGAGCCAUGGGGAAGCCUCGGCCUCCGUGUCUCUCGUGUUGGGACCUCCUCUGACAACUCUAUAGCGGCAAAACCAAACCCUUUUUCAAAGCAGUGUUCCCCUCUCCCCAGAGCUGGCUUUGCAUUGCAGGUGGCUUGUGAGCCCUGCCUUUGGACUGUGCGGGGCACUCCUCGAACCCCAGAAGGCUGGGAAGGGACCCUUGGCAGAAAGAUGUUAAAUACCCUGUAACUUGUGUUCUUCGUUCAGUUUGGUUGGUUGGGCUUUUGUUUUUGUUUUUGGUUUUUUUGGGUUUGUUUUAUUUUUUGUUGUUGUUUUGGGGGUUUUUUGGUGGUGUUCUAGUGAGUUAAAAAAGGGUUUAAAGAAAAACACACAGGCAGAAAAUGAAGCACAUGUAAUAUAGAUUAUAUAUGUUUACAAUGUUGUGUAUAAAUGGGAUAGACACAAACAUUACAUACUGAUAAGUUGCCCUUUUUUUUGGUUGUAUUUUUUUUAAAGAAAAAAAUGAGCAGAGAACAUUAAACCCAUAUUUUUCUUGGUUCUGCAAAGUUUUGGCAUUAAAGUCAUUAGUUUAAAAAAGUAUCUAUAUACAUAUCUAUAAUAUAAAUGGUUUAAUGUUCUGUGGUGUAUAUUUCCUCAGUCAGAUAUAAAGUUAACAGCUUUUUAGUAAUGGCUGUAGCAUCACCCAUAACUUACGAGACUUAUGGGGAGUGGGGGAGAUGGGUUUUUGCAUUAGUCGUAGCUAAUGGGGCUGUUUCUAAUAGAAUCUUUAUCCCACAGAAAGCCAGCGGGAAGGGCGGCGGUUGGAAAGGUCUGGCUCAGGCACUGUCGCCUCUUUUCCAUAUGGGGCAGGGGCAGGAGUUGAGAUUAGAUGGCAAUAUUCAUUCCUGUCUGCUAAGUGCAGCUUCUCCAGUGGUUGGGAAUCUGCACUUCAAAGCUUCAGUUAACCCAGCCAUUGCCCACGAAAACCAAAGGCCAUGCCCCUGUCCAAGCAAACAUGUGCCACUGGCUUGGUUUGUUCCCACUGGAAAGGAGUUCCCUGCCCAAUGGCCCAGGGUGUUCUCUCUGCUCUGGAGCGCCUCCUCCGCCCGCAGGAGAGGUGGGGCCGUGGCACAGGCUCAGGGCCAAGGCUUCCGUUUGUGUUCUCCCUUCUGACUGAGACCGUUACGGGCUGAGCAGCAGGAGGUGACUACAGUGCGGGGAAGGAAGGUUCUUGCUCCAGGUGUUCUCUGGAGAGGCUGCUGUGCUGCUGCCUUUGCUAUCUCCGUCCGUCCUGCUCUCCUGUUCUGCCGCUUUGCCAGUGCUGGCCGGGAGAGGCGUCUGAAUUGCACUGACUUUCUGGUACGAGCUCUUUGCUAGAGUGGAAGGUUGCUUUAGAUCACCCAUCUCUUCCAGAGCCUGCCUGAGCCAGGAUUCCUAGGACAUGGUGCACGUUCCUCCUCUUAAAACAAUGCAAAGUAACUUCCACCUCCAAGUAAAGGGUGAUGCGAGGGCCCCUCUCUCAGGCCAGUGGGUUGGCAAGGAGAACCCAGCCUCACUGAACUGACCAAGAUGAGCAAAGAUUCAGAUACUUCCAGUCAGUGGCAGUGAUCCCCAAUGACCUCCUCCCGGGAGAUUUCUAGCUUCUUCCACAGCGGCACCUAGAGCUGCUCUCACUUGUGCUUAGCUUCCAGGUGCACAGCUGCACACAGUCACCAGCCGAGGGUUGCCAUCUACUCCCGCGUUACCUCGGGAACAAAGAAACGAACAAGCAACGUUCACCUCUCCAGCCAGUUGAGUUUUGCAAGGCUGCGUGAGUGUUGCUGAAAGGCACUUACCAGUGGCUCCUGUUGCCAGGGUGGUGACCUUGCAGGGCAGUAGCCCAGGGCUGGAAUGUGGGAGGAGGGAGCUUGGUGAUGGUAACCUUGUGUUGCUGUUCACCGGGCCGCCCUUUCACUAGCUGUCUUGCUGGUGAACCUGGGCGAGAGACCAGAACAAGCUAGACACAGGAAUAUUGCACGUCAGUGGUUAUUUGGAGACUGUUUGGAAGCCAAGGUCAUUCCUGUUUGCUGGAUUUCUUGGUGCAGGACUCCUCCCCAGCACUGCAAAGGUGGUUUGUGUUUUGCAGUAACAGAAGAUUUGAUGAGGCAGCUUGUCUCAGUGGUGAUAUUUCUAUCACAGCUUCUCUGCCUGAGUGUAUGAUGUCUUGCUGCUUGAUUUGUAAAGGACUCUGUUGCACAAAAUAAAUCUUUCUCCUGCUGGAGUUAUAUUCCCCCUUCCCCACCCCACACCAAAGCUGAUAUCACUUAAGUCAGAGCUUCCUGGGUCCUUACGCUGUCCAAGCAGCAAUCUCUGCCUACAGUACAGUUGUGCCCCAUGUGAGUCUAUCUCAGGCAUCUGUGGCCGUUCCCUGGUAGCCGACAUGCUGUGCACAUGUACCUUCCUGGGCAGUGCUUGGCAGCUGGAGAAACUGUUCCGACAUCCCAAAUUGGGGCGUUUCUCCCCUGAUGAGACAGACCUGUGAGAGUGGAGAGAAGGGCUGCACGUGCAGUUAAUCCUUUGAGUGCCGUUUGGUAUGCUGGGAGGUAGCCCUGCCUGUCACAUUUUAAGCCCUGGGAAAGGCACUUGGCGGGUUUGGUUUUUAAAUUGGAAUAAUCAACGCCAUGUGGUGGGGCAGCCAGGCCCAGCACUGGCCGGACAGUGCCCAGAGCUGUGAUCUCUGUCAAUGGAAUUGGAGAAUGCGCAGUGAUUUUUUUUUUUUUUUUUUUUAAGGGCAGUUGGGAAUGGGGACAGCGGGGGCAGAUUCCCCAGUGCCCAAGCUCUGCCUUGCAACGAGGCACUGAGAGCCAGGAUCUCUCGUGUGUUGUGGAGCAGCAGUGUGCUGUGUACGUAGCUGUAAAACAUAUGUAACCAGUAAUGUUUUUUUUAAAUGUAAAGCCGUCCCUGGUUUUAGGAAGGGUGGGGAUCCGAUGGGAGAAUGGAGAGAGAAGAGUCUCGUUCUGGCCUUCUCAGGAGCCAGCCACGUUUUCUCCUCUUCCACAAGGAGCUUAAACGAAAAAAAGGAAUUAACUCUUUGCCCAAAGAAUCCCAGUUGCACAAGGUGAUAUUCCAGUUGUGUCAAUGAUUGUGUGUCAAUGUAUAUUCUAUAAAAAGGUACUUGUCAUUCCCGUUUGUAAACGACAUUUGACAUUAAUUAAAUGAGUAUAAAUCUU